GCAAUUCCUUGCUGGAUUCUGCAACGCCUGCUCUUCGUCCUUCUGUGAAAUGCCCAUGGCAGGGCCGCCAUGCACCCAUUUGCUUGCUCCAUGGUGGUCCCUGGAGUAAUGCAGGGGCUCCACAAUGUCGAUCAGCCCUGAGCCCUCCGCUGCCCGCCUUUAUUUGCGCGCUUUUCUGGUGGGCCUCCUUCUCUUGGCCGCGGUGGUUGCAGUGCCAUUGUUCCAGUGGCGCGAACCCGCAGGCGUGCGCUCUGUGGACGAGGGCCUGCUGGGCCUGCCCGCGGCGGGGCUGGCGGGGCAGCUCCUGGCACUGCUCAAGAACAGCACACCCGCCUUCAAGUGGCGCAAGGGCCAGUGGGUCGCAGAGACGUCCGUGACAGUCACGCAGACGGUCACGUUCAGCAGCUCCGGUGAAGGGUCCAUCACGAGGGGGGAUCGCUGGGAUGCCGGGGCCGCGAGCCCUGAUGGGCCGGAGCAGUUUCUGUUCCCCAUGGUGGACGAGAGGUGGGGGGUGGGGAACCAGCUGCAGGAGUUCAUCUCUGCAGCCUACACUGCACGCAUACUCAACCGUACCCUCUGCCUCGCCAACCCGCUGGCCCAGCCCAAGGAACACAAGGGAGGGGAUGACCUGAACCAAGUGCCAAAGUGGUCGGACCACUUUCUGGUGGACAGCCUGCGGCCAGUGGUGCGCGUGCGGCCCCUGGAGGAGUGCGCCGCCGCGUGCGGGGGCCUGCUGGAGGAGCUGCACUUCAUGGAGAGCUACUUCCUCGAGCGCGGGCCAGGCCUCAAGUACCCGACAUGGGACGACUACGCAGCAGCGCAUGGGCUGCGCCUAGGGAGGAAAGUCUCCCCCCGCGCGUCCUCGUCCAGCCUGUCGAGCCGCGCCAGCCUGGAGGCCUGGUUCAGCUCGUCCCGCGCUGUGGCCUGCUUAGGGACCACCACCUUCUUGGGGCUUCGCUUCCGGGAGCCGUGGCGGCUCUUCUACUCCAGCGUCAAGCCGUCCGACAAGGUGCGCGCUUACGCAGACCACGUCCAGCAGCAGCUGCUCGGUGGUACGCCCUACCUGGCCCUGCACUGGCGCGUGGAGGAGCUGCGCUGCCGCGACAAGCCGACGGACCACCUCUGCUUUGUGCGCUGCAACUAUGGCGCACUCUGGGCUCCGUCUCUCAUCCCCCCUCACGACGCAUGGCGGCAGGUCGCGGCCGACUUCUCGCCUGCGUCCUGUGGUGAUCCGAUGCUGGCCGUCGUGACGGGAGUCAGCGUGGACGACUUCGUGGCGGCCGUGGGGGAGCGCAUGCGGGCGGCGGGGCUCGCCACGCUCUUCUUAUCCACCGACGGCUUCAUCCGCGGGCCGGAGAGCUGCCGGCUGGUGGAACGAGCAAUUGCGGGGCUGCUGGCUCACGACGCGGUGCAGCGGGUGGUGGUCCUCGAGCACUGCCGCGAUGCGGGGCAGACUGAACCUACCCGACAGGCGGCCAGAGUGUUUACCAGCGGAAUAGGGGAGACACCGCAAGUGGAACGGGAGGUCGGAGAAAAGGGGGCGGACGUGCUCGGAGCGUUGCUGCGCGAGCACGCGUCGUUCAUCAGUUUGGUGGAGCAGGAGGUGAGCCAGCGCGGGGCCGUGUUCCUGGGGACCAGCGAGUCCAGCUGGAGCAUGCAGGUGGCGCAGUCGCGCGAGUACACGGGGCGGGGGGCCACGCGCCUCGAGGCGCUCCUCCAGGGGCGGGCAGAUGUCGAGGGGGAGGAGGGGAUGGCGCCCUUUGUGAAUGAGUCCGGGGCGGAGCUGAGGAAGGACGAGCUGGAGCUGCUCUCGGGGGGGGCGUGCUUCGCCCGACAGAACUUCCCAAUGCUGGAGACAGGCGGCAAGAGCAUCCUGGGCAAUCGCAGCGACCACUGGGUGGACUACCUGGCAUGCGAGGGCCGGCUCGCGCAGGGCGGGCGGUGCAGAGCGGAGUGCAGCUCCCAAAACUAGCUUAGCUCAAAUUAAUUAUGUCGCUGCUGCUGCCUUAGCCUAGAUACUGAAGGAUUCGUAAAUAUUCUUUGAUUCAAAAGGGUCAGAAUACGUGUCUAGCUAGCCUUGGUUGGUUGCAUAAUACCAGAUGACGACUUGCUGCGUAAGCGUACAUAAUUCUAAGUUAGCAAAAUGUUAAGCUGCAGUAGCUACAUUAGCCUAGCGCAGUAGUUGCUCUGCGCGCCGGGUGAUCGGACAGAGGAGAUAACCAUGGAAAUAACCGUCAGGAGAGGAGCACGCGCGCGGUGCAUUUGAGGUGGCUGGACGCUGAGUCGGAGAGGUUGAACAAGUGCGAAUUCGGAUGCUGCGCUCACAGGUAACGGAUCGACUUGCAAUUGUCUUGCUUAAAAUACGCAGUAGCUGGCCCAUCGAACCCUGCGAACGCAAUUGCCAAAUUGUUUACAACCGUCAUCGAAAAUCUAAGAUACUUAAUACAUUGCAUAGACCAACUUAUGGCGA